AUGAGGUUCACAUCGUUCCUCACAGCGGCGUUCUUCGCGCUUGGUUUUGCUCUCGCUGAAAACCAUGCCACCACUAGCGAUAGUGGCAGAACAUCACCAUCAACAAAUACAACAAGCACAUGCUACAAACUCGACGGCUCUGAGGCCUCAGACCAUGUACCCUGCGUUACAGGCUACAGUGUAAACUGCUGCCAUGAGGACGAUAUCUGCUUGUCCAAUGGCCUCUGCUAUCAACAGGGCAAUCGAGGGAUGGCCGACUAUAAUCGCGACACCGGAAUAGCAAUUGUGAAGAUUAGCUUCGAAGAUGAACCGCAGUAUUGCUGUGGCUCUGUAAACACACAAAGCGGCGACAGUGAUAAUGACGAUGAAGAAAAUGAUAAUGGCGAAGCCUCCUGCGAGUUUGGUAAUCCAUUCCCUAUACCCGCUGGAACGGCGAUACCAGACAUCGCCGGGCUAUCGUCCACAUCAGAGCCGCAUGCAGACGACAACGCCAAAGACUCUUCAGAUACCGACUCCCACUCAGACUCCCGAACUCCAGCCCGAAUGACGACUCCCCUCGCUAUCGCCCUCGGCGUCGGAGUACCGCUCGGUCUAAUCCUGAUGGGGAUCAUCCUCUGGGCGGUCUGGGAGCGGCGCCGGCGACAGCUACGCGACGAAGAGACAGAGCGGGUAUUAGGUGCGGAUGGGGUUGCGCUGACGGGGGCGGGCUCUAAUAUGGGCAUGAGCAUGAGAGCAAAUCUGCCGGGCUUGCAUCACCGGUACGGCCCGAUUCCGAGCUAUAGUGGACGUGGGACGCCGAGUCAGAGUGGGUUCUUUGUGGCGCAGGGUCAGCCUUUGGGAACCCCUGCGGGCACGCCUCCAGCUGAGCAAGAGCAAGCGCAACUGGAGGCGCAGGUGCAUAAUCAAGGCGAGGGUGUUAUGCUGUCCCAGACUCAGGCUCGGGCGCACAAUGAAACGGUAUAA